AGCCUUUUAGUUGAACUCAUUUGCACUCAGCUCCGCGAUUAUCGCGAAUGCAGUUGCAGUCGACUUUUUUCUUUGUUUAUAGCGAUCGACAAAAAGGAAAACAUAUGUAUGUACAUACAUGCAUAAAUAUACAUACAUUCAGCUUGACAUUAAGUUUACAAACGGAAAUAUUCCCGAGACCUUCCAUUGAAAGUUCAGCAGUUACACAGGUAAAUAAACUUACACACACAUAUGCAAGCUAUAUUUCUUCCGGUUGUAAUUUGCGUGUGAGGUUGCAUUAAUGAAUAUUGGACAGCUUUUUAUGCCUUUCCAUACCAAAGAGUAUUUUUACAUUUGGUGUUUAAAAUUACAAAAGCUACGUUAUUUUCCACUCACAAACAAACAAGCACAAACGCAGCAACAAGCACACAUACAAAAAUAAAACGAACAAACUUUUCCAGAAAGGUCCACUCUAAUGGAAUUCUCUUCUCUCUCGCUCUCUCUCUUUAUUUACCGGCUUUUUAAAUUGCGUUGUUGAUAUUUGGUAAACAAUAAAAUAGACUCGAUCAGGUGGUUUUGCUAUAGCUAUGCUGAAUAUUAAUGAAAACGUUCAAACUUUUUGACAAUCGAAAUUCCAAGACAUGUCUGUGUAAAUAAGCAUUUGGUGGUUAGUCAUAAAUAUGGCUUAUCUCUAUCAAAAUUGCACUUUGUAUGAAUCAUUGAUCUUUCUAAAAAGUUGGUCUCCAAAACGUCGAACAAAGAGCACAUCUUCUUCUGGGAAGAGAAUCAUAUUGCACACUUUCACCGCGAAAAAAAACGAAUUUGUGGCAAACAACAAAAUCAGGGAUUAUGCAUAAAUGAAUGGAGAUGGAACCCAGCCAGCAUCGCAUGGGAUCGUAGUACUGGUAGCUACAUGGAGAUAUGGAGAUGGUGCUAAUUGCCGCGGCACUUGGUGGCGGAUGAACCGUUAAACCGUCGAAACUGGAGCACUGGCCCAAUAACGAUGAUGCACGCGGCCCACGGAUUAGCACCUUUCAACGAGACACUACGGACGGACUACGGAUGUUCUAGAUACCCAAAACGUCGCCAUUAGCACCAUCGCCGGGCGGAGUUUUUCUGGAGCAGCAUUUGGGGAUCUUCGGUUAGUUGUCGACUUAACUCCGAGCCAACUGGCCGUGCGGUGUGUGCUGAACAGGAUUCUGAACAAUAGAAACAAUAGUGCCAAACGGAUAAUGUCUUCCUACGAAAAAAUGCCGGCGAAGCCACCGCGACGCCUCUCACCCAUUUGGUUUCUGGUGAUUACGUUCCUACUCUUUGCCACCACCUUAACGGCGGUGGCCGUGAUCGAAGCUGGACGGGCACAGAGCAACGCCGGUGGGGAAAGCGAUCUCCUGAUCCUCACGCGCAUGUGGAAUCACUUUAGGGCCGGUGCCGAAAAUGAUACGGAAAUUGCCACGGUGGAGCGAAUUGCUAGGGAUGCCGGAAAUGCUACCAAUCCGAGUGCAUCCGCAUCGCAGCAGGGCAGAAACUUCUACGAGGAGCAGCAGGCGGUGGUGGUGAAUGCAGAGAGCAUGGAUUCACCGGUGUUGGGACAACGCCAGGAUGCCUACGGUCCGCCGCAGAGUCGCGAGGAUUCCUACGAGCAGGAUCCGUACUACGAUGUGGCCGAUGACUACGGACCCGAACGCUAUCCAAGUGCAGAGUCUAAGCAAGAGUCGGAGGAGGAGGAUCGCUUCUAUGAUAGGGAAGGCACGGACGAGGGCCGGGCCCAUCAGGCACGUCCCUACGAUUCCUUCUACGCCCCUUGGGCGCACAAACAGCAGCAGCCAGCUCCAGUGGCUACUCAUCCCGCGGCGGAGGGCAACAAUCGGAAGCUCCAGGCGCCUUCAUCGCCCAAUAGAUCGCCUUAUCCCGCCUACGAUGAGAUGUACGAUUACCCCAUGGGCUUCCAGCCGCGUCCUCAUCCGGAAACCGAGUUGGCCAAGCAAUCGCAGCCCGUCUCCGACAAUGCAGUUGUUCAAGUUCAGAGUGAAUCCACUUUGGUCACCGUGCUGAAGAGCCUCAAGCAGAUCUGGGAUCUAUACCAGGCACUGAUGGGUGCUUGGAACGCGGUCAGCGAACGCCAUCAGCAGAGCACGGAGAAGUUCCGCCUGGAGCAGGCGGCGAAGAAGGCCGAGAAGGAGCAACUGCGUCAGCAGCAGCAGCAGCAGCAGCAGCAGCAACAAAAGACCAGGAUAAACUCCAAGAAGCCACCGCGUAUGGAGGGUAACAAAAAGAACCAGAACAAAAAGCCGACCACAACGACAACUAGGGCUACCAAGUCUACGACGACCGCUGCUCCAGAAGCCUCUAAUGAGGAGGAGGAAGAGGAAGACGAGGUUAAGGAACAGCCGCAGAAGACAGUGGAGAAAGUUGAGACAGUCACACCUUCGGCUCCAGCCACCAAAGUGUCGGCACUCAAGGGCGAAAAGGGAAAUCUGAGAUCUGUGCGUGGACUGCGCCAAAGACGCGAUGCCGACGCGGAGGAGAAGGCGGACAUGGAUGUGGGCGAGGGUCGCUAUAUCAAGGGUGAUCCUCUCAAGGGAUACUACGAUUUCGUCAUCACGGAGGGCUCCUACAAGUUCUGGGCCGUCUUUCAGGUGGGCACAGCUCUGCUGAUCAUCUACUCGACGUUCGCUGCCAUUUACUAUUCCAAGGUGAAUCCGCUAACCAGUGACUAUGAUUACACGGAUUAUCUGGGCGGAGUACGUUCUUUGUCCGGCGGAGAUGCGGAUUUCGUGGACGACGGCGAUGCAGCGACACCGCCCGUUUCGACCACUUCCCGCAUCAUGGAGUGGCUGCCACGGACGGCGCACUCCCUCCAGUUCAUACUGGAUGCCAUCGACAAGGUGCCAGUGGAUCAUGACAAGGACAAGGAGCUCGGAUGGUCCACGGCGAAAACGGAUACGCCUCCGGUGGAAAUGAGAUAGGGAACUGACUACCAUAUGCGAUAUUUGUUAAGGAAAAUAUAAUAAUGUUGAAGAUAAACUC